AUGUCCAACAGCAGCUCCAUCACCCAGUUCCUCCUCCUGGCAUUUGCACACACACAGGAGCUGCAGCUCUUGCACUUCUGGCUCUUCCUGGGCAUCUACCUGGCUGCCCUCCUGGGCAAUGGCCUCAUCCUCACCACCAUAGCCUGCGACCACUGCCUCCACACCCCCAUGUACUUCUUCCUCCUCAAUCUCUCCCUCCUUGACAUGGGCUCCAUCUCCACUACUGUCCCAAAAUCCAUGGCCAACUCCCUCUGGGACGUAAGAGACAUCUCCUACUCGGAUGUGCUGCACAGGUCUUUUUCUUUCUCCAUUUCUGCAAAGUAUUUUCUUCUCACUGUCAUGGCCUACGACCGCUACGUUGCCAUCUGCAACCCCCUGCACUACGGGACCCUCCUGGUCAGCAGAGCUUGUGCCCACAUGGCAGCAGGUGCCUGGGGCCCUGGGGUUCUCACUGCUGUCCUGCACACAGCCAAUACAUUUUCCCUACCCCUCUGCCAAGGCAAUGCCCUGGAUCAGUUCUUCUGUGAAGUCCCCCACAUCCUCAAGCUCUCCUGCUCACACUCCUACCUCCGGGAAGUUGGGUUUCUUGUGGUUAGUGUCUGUUUAGCAUUUGGGUGUUUUGUUUUCAUUCUUUUCUCAUAUGUGCAGAUCUUGAGGACCGUGCUGAGGAUCCCCUGUGAGCAGGGACGGCACAAAGCCUUUUCCACGUGCCUCCCUCACCUGGCCGUAGUCUCCCUGUUUCUCAGCACUGGCAUAUUUGCCUACCUGAAGCCCCCCUCCAUCUCCUCCCCAUCGCUGGACCUGGUGGUGUCAGUUCUGUACUCGGUGGUGCCUCCAGCAGUGAACCCCCUCAUCUACAGCAUGAGGAACUAGGAGCUCAAGGAUGCAGUGUGCAAACUGAUGAUUCGAUCGUUUUCAGAAGCAAUAAAUUGA